CAGGUUGAACACGAAUUUACCAUAGACCCAACGUAACACAGAAGACAGAAGAACUGCUUGCCACACAAAACCUGAAAUCUUACAACCAUUAAUUCACUUAAGUGAUUUAUCCAAUGCAUUCUAUGACUUGCCAGGAUUGUCCUAGGAAGUUAGAGGUCGAACGCUAUGUUAAAGAGCAUAAGAUUGAUGAAAUGUUUCAGAAUUUGGCCUCUUCGUUGUUCUACCGAAUGCCAGAAAAUCCAAAACAAUAUUUAAUUGAACAAUUACAAUUAUUAAAAGCUUCACGUGAUGAAUAUGCAGAACCUCCAACAUUAUUUACUGAAACAAAUGCUGAAACAAUAUUUAAAAUGCUUGAUCCAUGUGAAAAGAACUCAAUCCCUUCAGAUCGAUAUCAGCAUGCUUUAGAAACAUUAGGAGUAUUUCAAUAUGAUAAAGUUAUAGACAAUAAGAAUGAGUAUAUAAGUAAAGAUGUAUAUAUGAAUGUUGUUAAAACAGGUUUAAAACAAAUGGCAUCAACUUAUAAACCAUUUAAAUAAGUUAUGGAAAACAAAGAAAAAUUGGUACCAACGAAGAUUCAUAUGCAAAUUGUUAUUGUAUAACAAUCAAUUAGCCAUGUGUAAUGUAUAAAUCAAAUAAAAAGAUUGAUAUGGAUUAAACUAAU